GCAGACUCGUCGCGGGGAUUGCAGCGCUCUGCGUUUCCGUGUUAGCAGUGGGGGGAACCAGCCGAGGGGAGGGAACGGAACACAGUGAGAUUGGCCAAAUCUAACUGGAUUACGCUGUCCGCGACGCGAUUAAGAUGAAAAAGAAGUGACAUUUCGAUCCUCCGGCCUUGUUUAGGAAAUGAGCGUGGGAUUAUGACAUUCGCUCGGGCACGAGACGGGAUGACAACACUGCCUGACAUGUGAGACAUCAACAACAGUGCGCUUGUGUGGCUGUCUCCGCCACCUUCGGUUAAUGCUCGCUCUUGUUCAUGCACAUUUUGCAUUCGUUUUGCUUUUGCUGGAGGUAAUAUGAAGAAGUUUAAUAUCAGGAAGGUGUUGGACGGCUUGACUGCGUCCUCCUCUUCCUCCUCCGCUGCCGCGUCCCCUCCAUCGGGAAGCAGAGAGAAUGACAUGAUUCAGGAGACCCUGCAGUCAGAGCAUUUCCAGCUCUGCAAGACACUGCGACAUGGCUUUCCCUAUCAACCCUCUUCCAUGGCUUUUGACCCUGUACAGAAAAUUCUGGCUAUUGGCACACAGAGUGGAGCCCUAAGACUAUUCGGCCGAGCUGGAGUGGAGUGUUACUGCCAGCAUGAGAGCGGAUCGGCUGUCAUCCAGCUGGAGUUUCUUGUCAAUGAAGGGGCACUGGUUAGUGCUUUGGCAGAUGACAGUAUUCAUUUGUGGAAUCUGAGGCAAAAACUUCCUGCCAUUCUCCAUUCUCUUAAAUUUAAUCGGGAGAGGAUCACGUUUUGCCAUUUGCCGUUUCAGAGUAAAUGGCUCUACGUGGGCACGGAGAGAGGGAACAUUCACAUCGUCAAUGUGGAGUCCUUCACCCUCUCAGGCUAUGUCAUCAUGUGGAACAAAGCCAUUGAACUUUCCUCAAAGUCUCACCCUGGACCUGUAGUUCAUAUCAGCGAUAACCCCAUGGACGAAGGGAAACUUUUAAUUGGUUUUGAGUGCGGUAUAGUUGUGCUGUGGGACUUGAAAUCGAAGAAGGCUGACUAUCGGUACAACUAUGACGAGGCGAUCCACUCGGUGGCUUGGCAUCAUGAGGGGAAACAGUUUGUGUGCAGUCACUCAGAUGGCACACUUACCACAUGGAAUGUACGCAUUCCCGCCAAGCCUGCCCAGAUCAUUACACCGCAUGGUAAACAGCCCAAGGAUGGAAAGAAGCCGGAGCCUUGCAAACCCAUCUUGAAAGUGGAGUACAAAACUACCAGGGCAGGGGAACCAUUCAUGAUACUGUGUGGAGGUUUGUCAUAUGAUACAGUGGGUAGGCGAGCCUGUCUGACUGUGAUGCAUGGGAAAAGCACUGCAGUGCUGGAGAUGGACUACUCCAUAGUGGAUUUCCUUACGCUGUGUGAAACCCCAUAUCCAAACGAUUUCCAGGAGCCUUAUGCUGUUGUCGUCCUGCUGGAGAAGGAUUUGGUUGUUAUUGACCUUGCACAGAUUGGGUAUCCGAUCUUUGAGAAUCCGUAUCCUCUGUCCAUCCACGAGUCUCCGGUGACCUGCUGCGAAUAUUAUGCGGACUGUCCUGCUGAAAUCAUUCCUGCACUUUACUCAGUGGGCUCCAAACAAAAAAGACAGGGCUUCAGUAAGAAGGAGUGGCCAGUAAGUGGAGGUAACUGGGGCCAGGGAACACUAAGUUUCUCAGAGAUCAUCAUCACUGGGCAUGCUGAUGGAUCUAUCAAGUUUUGGGAUGCCUCAGCAUUAAUGCUGCAGGUUUUGUAUAAGCUAAAAACAGCAAAGGUGUUUGAGAAGCCCCGUAGCAAAGAGGAGAAAUCCAGCACUGACAUUGUGGAUGAAGAUCCGUUCGCCAUCCAGAUCCUGUCUUGGUGUCCAGAGAGUCGUGUGCUCUGUGUGGCUGGAGUAUCGGCUCAUGUCAUCGUCUACAGGUUCAGCAAACAGGAAGUCACCACUGAAGUGGUCCAGCUGCUGGAGGUGCGUAUGCAGUGUGAACUGAAUGAAGUGGAGUCUCCUGAGGGCGGAGGAGAGCAGGCGUCUGCCGUUUCCACCCCAGGAACAUCAUCCAGCCCUCAGACCAGCCUGCCUCAGUCCCACCCCUCCACCAGCAGCAACAACUCCUCCGACGGCCUGCGAGAUAACGUGCCCUGUCUCAAAGUCAGGAGUUCUCCUCUCAAACAGUCUCCGGGUUACCAGGUGGAGCUGCUCAUUCAGCUGGUGUGGGUCAGCGGGGAGCCGCCACAACAGAUCACCAGCCUGGCCGUCAACUCUGCGUAUGGCCUAGUUGCAUUUGGCAAUGGUAACGGACUUGCAGUGGUUGAUUACCUUCAGAAAACACUUCUUCUGAACAUGAGCACAGCCGAGUUGUACGGCUCAACAGAUCCUCACCACAGACAGCCACGCUCACCCCGCAAAGCCAGACAGCCUUCGGCAGGUUUUUGUGAUGGUAAUGAUGCAUCAGCCACCCCAGAGGAGAGAUGUAAAUCACCAACUUCAGGCUCCGGUUCACCAUGCAAUUCUGAUGAAGACAGCAAACACAAGUUCAUUGACAAGGUGAUGUUCAAAAGCAAGCGGAUAUCCAAGACUGUUGCCAAUGACUUUGCUAAGAUAUCCCGGAAAAUUAACAUGAUUGCUGAUCAGAAAGAUGAAAGGAGGGUACGCCGUCACUGCUCUCUCCCUGUUAAGAAACAACAGAGUUGUGUGAAGGAAAUGAAGAGGAGACACGCAGCGUCUUUCCGUGAGACCUCACUAUGUGACCUCAAUGCCAGGGACAACUCGUUCAGCCGGUCGCGCAGCUCCAGUGUGACCAGCAUUGACAGAGAGUCACGUGAGGUUGUUUCCUCCUUAUACUUUUGUGACUCCCUUUCCAAGAGGAGUGAGACGUUGGCAGUGCCCAGCCUGUGGGUGGGCACCUCAUUGGGCGGCAUGAUGGCCAUCACCCUCAGUGUGCCCUCUACGCCAGAGCAGAGGAUGCAACAGCCUGUGGGCGUCUCUUUCUGUGGUUCAGUAGUGCGCUUGAAAGGAGGCAUUCUGCGCAUGGCCCAGCUGGAUGCCAGCGGGACCUUUCUGCCCCACGUUUAUGAGCCCUGGUAUGAGCCCAACGCCCCUGAGGAAGAGCGAGAACCGCCACGGAGACGCCGGCCCACCUCUCUUCCUUCAUCUCAGGAGAACCAGGACUGUCAGUACAUUGUGGUUUGCUCAGAGAAACAGGCUAAGGUGGUGGCGCUGCCCUCCCAAAACUGCAUCUACGAGCACAACAUCACUGAGGCCUCCUUCGUGCUUCGAGCUGAUGUGGUGACGAUGACCUGCGGGGUCGGCUUGGCCUGUUUCUGUGCCAAUGGCCACAUCAUGACCCUCAGUUUGCCCAGCCUGCGGCCACUGCUGGAUGUGAACUACCUUCCUCUGACGGACAUGAGGAUAGCCAGAACCUUCUGUUUCUCAAACCAAGGCCAGGCCCUGUACCUCACAUCGCCCACUGAGAUCCAAAGAAUCACCUAUAGCCAGGAAACCUGUGAUAACCUGCAGGAGAUGCUUGGAGAGCUGUUUACCCCAGUGGAGACACCAGAGGCCCCGAACAGAGGGUUCUUCAAGGGCUUAUUUGGAGGCGGCGCUCAGUCCUUGGACAGAGAGGACCUGUUUGGAGAGGUGACUGCUGGGAAGGCUUCACGCAGCCUGGCGCAGCACAUCCCAGGUCCAGGUGGCAUGGAGGGCAUGAAGGGGGCCGCGUCUGGUGUGGUGGGAGAGUUGGCACGGGCAAGGAUAGCUCUGGAUGAGAGAGGGCAGAAACUAGGCGAGCUGGAGGAGAGGACAGCAGCCAUGAUGUCCAGCGCAGACUCCUUCUCCAAACACGCACAUGAUAUAAUGCUGAAAUACAAGGAUAAGAAAUGGUACCAGCUCUGAGGUCCCUCCAGGGAGUCAGCGGACCUUCCUUUGAAGACAGCAGAUCCAUCAUCUCUCCUCCGUUUCUUCCUUCUCUUCCUGUAUCUCUCUCUCUCUCUCUCUCUCUCUCUCUCUCUCUCUCUCUCUCUCUCUCUCUGUGAUGUCCAGAGACUGCCACUCUCGUCACGCGGCAUUGCCUCGAGCUGAGGAGCUGCGGAAAGACAAGAGGAGACAGGAGGGGAAGGAAUGGGACAGGCGAAACGCAUCAGGGCGGGAUUUCCUUCCCUUCUCAGUGGCAGUUGAGUUUUCCUCUCCGUGUAUCUUGUCUUGGAGUUGGGAGAGGGGGUCCGUCGCUGGUGCUGCCCCCUGUCUCAUACCUUCAUCCGCCACGCUGUCAUUUUCACUGCCAUUCUAUCUGCAAAGAAACUACAAAAAAGGAUUGUGGGACAUUUUGGGAAAAUCAAUUAUUUAAGGCGAAUGAAAUGGGUCAGAGGGACAUACAACUGACAGAAGGAGGUCUAAUGUCUGCAUUGCCAAGCUUAAUGCUUCUGAUAAUCUGUCACUAGAGCAAGAAAAGAUUGCAUGUCUAGUGAUUUAAUUUAGGAAAUUAGUGCUUUUUCUUGUUUUUACGAAUUAGAGUGAAUCUCAUGAAAACAAAUACUUCACCUAUACUAUUUCACCCCAAAAUCUAUAUU